UAGCUCGCCUCACUCCACCCCAGACAAGGGAAGCGGAGCGAUGUCGUCACUUCCGCCGAGGGCUUCAUCUACAUCCAGGUCAGCGCUCUUGCCGCUGCCACUGCGGCUGGGGGACCUGGCUGGGGUCUCCGCCGCCGCCUCAGGGGCUCUGGUGGAGUCCCGCGUAGGACCUCGCUCCGGGCCGGUCGGCCCGGCUUCGCCGGCCUGGAGGGACGAAGAGGCCGGGGAGGCGGAGGCUUCCUCUCGGGUCAGUGGUUCUCUGGAUUACCAGGAAUCUCUAGUUGAUAUUGAGGCCAGGCUAAGGAUGGAAGGUGUAGAACUUAAGGAAGAAUGGCAAGAUGAAGACUUCCCAAUACCUUUACCAGAAGAUGACAGCAUUGAAGCAGGAGGACCAGAACACCAGCCAGGCCUGCUAGAAGUAAAUGGAAAUAAAGUAAGGAAAAAAUUAAUGGCUCCAGAUAUUAGCUUAACACUGGAUCGGAGUGAUGGUUCCAUUUUGUCAGAUGAUUUGGAUGAAAGUGGAGAGAUUGACUUGGAUGGUUUAGAAACUCCAUCUGAGAACAGUAAUGAGUUUGAAUGGGAAGAUGAUCUUCCAAAACCCAAAACUACUGAAGUAAUUAGGAAAGGAUCAAUUACUGAAUACACAGCAGCAGAGGAAAAGGAAGAUGGACGACGCUGGCGUAUGUUCAGAAUUGGAGAACAGGAUCACAGGGUUGACAUGAAGGCAAUUGAACCCUAUAAAAAGGUUAUCAGUCAUGGAGGUUAUUAUGGAGAUGGAUUAAAUGCAAUUGUUGUAUUUGCUGUCUGCUUUAUGCCUGAAAGUGGUCAACCUAAUUAUCGCUAUUUAAUGGAUAAUCUGUUUAAAUAUGUUAUUGGCACUUUGGAAUUAUUAGUAGCGGAGAACUACAUGAUAGUUUAUUUAAAUGGUGCUACAACACGGAGAAAAAUGCCAAGUCUGGGAUGGCUUAGGAAAUGCUAUCAGCAAAUUGAUAGAAGGUUAAGGAAAAACCUAAAGUCUUUAAUAAUAGUUCAUCCUUCUUGGUUUAUCAGAACACUUCUAGCAAUUACAAGGCCUUUUAUUAGCUCAAAAUUCAGCCAGAAAAUUAAAUAUGUCUUUAACCUGGCAGAACUAGCAGAACUUGUCCCCAUGGAAUAUGUUGGCAUACCAGAAUGCAUAAAACAGUAUGAAGAAGAAAAGUUAAAAAAGAAACAAAAAAGAGUUGAUCAAGAAUUGAAUGGGAAACAAGAACAGAAGAGUGAACAGUAAACUUGGGAGUCCAAACAAAAGAUCUGAGAAUGUGCAGAUGGAAUGAUGUGAUGCGCUCUUUUUGCAUUAUAAUGCAUUUAUAGGCCCUUUUUUUUUCUGUGUAACUUGUUACAACAUUGACUUGAUUUUCCUUAAUGGACUUUUGUAUAAGGAACUGUUCACUGCUGUAUUGGUUUGCAAAUCUUUUGAAUUUAAUUCUUUAAUAGCUACUUUAAUAUUGUAAUCAUUUUGUAUUUUAUAUUGCUAAAUGUAAAAGAACCACACUUUUUUUAUGAGGCAUUUUUGCAUUUGUUUGCAAAAUUUGUUGUGAUGCAUGUUCUUCAGUAAAAUAUUUAUAAACGUAAAAUGGUAAAGGAGAGAUAAUAUAUAUUUUUAUGAUUUCUUUUUUUGAACAAUAUUUUAUAAUAUUGUAUACCUGUAUUAUCGAGCAAUAUGCAGGUGAAUAAGGCCAUAUAAAUGACUGAAGUCAUUAUUUUGUAAAAUGCAUGAUGGAAUUUUUUUGUAAAAGGUUAAACACAUUUCUUAUGAUUUUAGAAAAUUAGGGUGUUUUUAUGUAUUGGACUGGUUAGACCAGUUGUUACAAAUACAUGAAGACUAUUCUUGUUCAUGUAUUGGAUACAUGUAGAAUAUAUUAUGACAACCUUUUCCACUUUGGUGUAUAUUUCCCCUCCCUCAUCAUGAAAAAGCAACUACACAAUGCAUUGUACACUUUUUAGACAAGUCAAAAAGCCAUUUUGUGAACUGGAUUAUUGAAGGGACUAGGAAUUGGUGGGUGUGUUUGUGUGCAUGUAUAAAGAACCUUUCAACUUCGGGGCACAGAUAAAAACUUUUCACAUGUCUUAGGAUUGUUCACAAAUGUGACGGAUAUCCAGGAUAGCAUUCUACUUGACUGCUGAGGACUAGAUAGCACUGCAAAAAGUGUGGCAAGUUGUAUACUGUCACUUUGUUCCAGAGAGCUAGCAAAAGCUUACUUUUUAAAAAUCCUGUACCAUCAAAGUAGGCACUUUAAAAAAACAAAAAAACAAAAAACCUUCCUUAUCAUGUCAUUUUUAAAACUAGGUUUUUGAUUUAGUCCAUAAGUUGUUUUUUUUGUUUUGUUUUAUGCUCUAUCAUGCUUUACAGUAUCAUAAUAGAACUUGACUGUAAAUCUAAUAUUUAAUUAAAUUGUGAUGUCAGUUAAUCAUUUGAAAAUGUGUAAAAUUUCUUGUUGAAUUUGAUAAGUACAUUUACUCUAUGAGAAAUGGUACACACACAACUUGGAAUGAUUUGUUGUUGUCUAAUGAUUUUAAACGUUUCCAUUACAAUAAUUCCUUGCUAAUGUGUCUUGAGUUUUGUAUAUUUCUCCAACUUGUAUACCAACUCUUCAUAGGCUCCCUGGAUUGGGUUUUGAAUGAAGGUUUUAAACUCUCCUGGUCUGUGUGAGGCAUUUGUCAGAUUUUUAUAUCAAAUGUCUUUCAUUUUUCUUUCUGGGGAAAAAAAGGAAUUCUUCCCUUUUUUUGUCAGUCACAAAUUCAAGAUAGGAUUGUCUGUAAGGAAAAAUUCCAGAGCAUUUUCCUGAAUUAUCAGGAUUGGUCUAUAGGUCUGAGUGUUUCAAGAUCAUUGCAAUGCGUUAGUAUUUUAAGACAGAUUCAUGACUGUUAAAAAUAUAGAUUAUAGAUCUAAUUGGCCAUUUUUUAAUGCAUAGAAAUUAAUAGAUCCUUCUCUUUGUCUCACAGUAAGAUGCCUUAUUUAGAAAUUAACUGCCUCAUUCCUCUGUAGCUAUUGAGAAACUGUUGGUUUUAAUACAUUUAUUUUCCUCCCCAAAUGCUAUUCCCCAAUUCAGUGAUAGCUAUAUGUAAAUAUUUGUUAAUUUUUUUACUCAAUAUUUCAAGCUAAAAGCAAGUCAUUCUAGAAAUAAGGGCAUUUCCCCAUGAUACCAAAAAUACUAAGUUUCUGAAAGGAAAUUAUAUAGGAAAACAAUAACAACAUAGUUUUAAUGAGGAAAGGCACAUCAUCAUGUACAGGAAAUAAAAUUUGACACAAUGCCAUUAAAUCUGUAGGACAAUGAUGUGCCUUUUAAUGGUAUUUCUGUGAGCAUUUAUUAUCCCUACAAAACAAUUUUAGUCCUUAGUUCUUGGACUACAGCUUUUUGGAUUUAGAUUACGGCUUUACAUGCAUGUAUGUAGUGUUUUAAAUUUUAUUUAGUCCAUACAUAGACUUGUUAAAUAUGUGAAUUAGUCUUUCCUUGUAGCCAUAUGGACUUAUAUAUUGACUGUUUUGGUUCUGCUUCUCUUGGUGGUUGUGAUAUAUUCUUGUCUUUUAAUAUCUCGGCUUAAUUUGUUGAUUCCACCUUAUUAAUUUGCUUAUAGGAGCAGAAGGUAGUACACAGUGUUCAUAAACAGGACUCAUAAUUCAUUAGAAUAGUAUUACUUUUUUAUGUUUUUAUAAAAACGGCCUAAAGUCAGUCACUGUUGUAUAGGGUAUAAAGUAAUAGGUAAUAAAGGGCAGAUAUAUUUAUUAACGAAGCUGUUUUCUUGUGCUCAGCCAGCACCUCUAGGAAAUGAAGAAGGGGGAAGAUUAUUAACCUAUAUUUGGUUACUGCAGUCAAUGUUAAUAAGCUGAGGAGCACAAGCAGUCAUACACAGUGAAAUAAGAGACAAUGUUAAGAAAUCCAUUCAGAUUUAUCAUUCGGCCUCUAAUAAACAUACUUUUUUGCUUCUGGAGGCAAGUUGGUGCUGGGAAAUGAGAAUCGGCAGUCAUGUUUCCAAUGCUCACUGAAAUUGUAAUUUGUUCUGCUCACCCCCUCUCUGCAGUAGAUUAUUAAAAUCUGAUCAAUUCUAAACUUAGUGCUAAUAUGUAUAAAAGAAUAUUGCACACCUAAAGCCAAGUGGCUAAGGAUUUUAGUCUCUCACCAUCCCCUUUUUUCCAUAUAAUGGAUAUAUAAUGCAUAAUUUCCCAUAGAACAAAGUAUAGAUUAUGGCAGACUGAGAGGAAAUAGUUCCCUUCACUACUAAUUCAUAUCCCUAUUCCCCCUACUCCCCCACAACUAUUUGUAAAUCUGAUCAAAGUAAAAUUUUAUAUUGAAGAGUAUAUUGAAAAAUUGAAGAAUGUGGUGAGUUAACUUUAGCCAAAUAUCCUAUUGUAUUAAAAGGAGCAAAAAUUCUUGACAGACCUUACAGUAGAAUAAUUGGAAGAAGUCUAGAAACUUAGCUAUGUGGGAAGGCCUGUGGCUUGUUUUCACAAAGACUUAAAAAUGGUAAUAAUCCUGGCUUUGAUCCCAUUUUGGUUAGAGGAAAUCGGGGAGAAUGUCUGAUUCAUUUUUAUGUACCACUAAAGUGUUUUUUGGGAAACAUCCCAAAAGGGAUUCCCUACACUGCCUCACCAUUUUCCAUACUUUUAAUUUGGCAUGUACCACAGGUAUGUAUGUUAGUUCUUCACAAUUUUGCCCCUAAGGUUCUUAAAUAAUAGGAAAUAUUUCACUUUGCUUAGCAGCAAAUAUGAUUGCAAGGGAUUUCAGCAUUAAGUAUAUGCAUGCAGCUUUAUUAUAUAAUAGGCUCCUUGUUUAAUUUACUACGUAUGAUUUGCAUAUAACUAAGGAAAAUUCUGACAUAUGCUAUAUCAAAUAAUCAAGCAUAAGAUAAACUGAGUAAGUUUCAAAUUCACAAAAUUGAGCACUUUUUAAAAAUAGAUAAAACUUGAUUGAAUACUGUUUAAGAUGUAAUUGCAUUUGAAGCUGUUUUGGUAUUCUAAAUAUGGAGACUGAUGACAUACUUAGAAUACCUCAAAAUAUAUUUUCUUUUGCUGGCCAAAAAACCCCAAAUACUUGUACCCCCAACUUUUUUUUGGCUUCAUCUCCUAAAUAUGUAGUGGUCAUACUUAUUUAGAAGAAAAUAUAUAUGUAAUAUUGCUGGUAUUCAUUUUAUGACCUGGCUUGACUAAAGCACUUUGAUUUUUUUUUUUAAUUUUUUUACUGCAAGGUCCAUUUAAUGCACUGUAACUUACCUAGAUGUUAUUCUUCAAUAUAGGGAUUAAUGUGUAGAAAAAGUACUGUCAUUGUAAGAACAAUUUGAGUGUAUGUUUGUAUUAAGGAAGUCUUUUAGCCAAGGAAACCUUUUGGGAUUUUCUUUUGGCAUGUUAGGAAUAUGGUAAUUUCCAGUCUGUUACAUUUCCUGCUAUUACAAAUUUAAUGAACCUUAAAUAAAUGAAUUGGAAAA